CCAUAAUAUGUAACCUUGAAACGACGUCGGAUUUGCUGGUCAAGAAACCUUUCCUCUCACAGGAUUCGGAAACUACAAAAUAGCCGCCGCCGCCGCCGCCGCCGGUGGGUUCUCCUCGAGUCACUUCCAAAGGACAUCUGUGAUUCAAAUGGAUAUCGACGAUAGCAAGCAGCAGAAGUACGAAAGCUUCGUCGUCGUGCACAACAUAGCAAAGCGGCACAACGUUGGAACCCUCGCCCGUAGCGCCACCGCGUUUGGGGUGGCCGAGCUGAUACUGGUAGGGCGGCGUGACUUCAACGCUUUUGGAAGCCACGGUUCGACAUCACACCUCCGAUUCCGCCACUUUCAUUCUCUUUCUCUUGCCCGUAGUUUCCUCAAGGAGAGGGAUUGUGAUAUAUGUGGAGUGGAGAUUACGGAUGAUGCUGUAGCAGUGAAUAAGCACCCCUUUACGAAGAGUACAGCGUUUCUUCUUGGCAAUGAGGGAACAGGGCUUUCAGCUAAGGAGUGCGAGAUAUGUGAUUUCUUUGUCUACAUUCCACAAUAUGGCGGUGGCACUGCUUCAUUGAAUGUUACUGUAGCUGCUUCCAUUGUCCUUCAUCACUAUGCAGUAUGGGCUGGAUUCCCAGAGAGAACCCGCGAAGGCAGCAAGUUUGUCGUGUCUGCAAAGCCUGCUCAACAUAUGAGAAGAAAUUACUGCUCAGAAACAGCCGAAUCAAUUGCUGAGGAGCGAAAGCUGAGAAAAGAAAAUGGUGCUAACGGUUUCUUUGACGACAGUGGAAAGGAAGAAGCUCCAUCUAACCUCUUAGAUACGUUAUUUAGCUCGUGAUUGAAAUUCAAAUUCCGCCAACAAAAGUGUCAAGUUCACCAGAGUUUUAAGCUAUUAUCAGAAUCGAGCUUAGUUAUCAGCCGCCAAUUAAAUUUGGUGCAUCACAUUUGUAUGUUAGAUUUUCAAGACUCCGACUGAUUCCUCAAGUUUUUAACAAUCGGUAUAAUUUUUUCCUUCA